CGUGUCUCGCGCAAAUUACUAACAAAUUCUAUCUGCGGAUGCGUGCCCUGUAUACCAUCGCAACGGACAGCAACUACAAGAAAGACCUUGUGGGCGGUGCGUUCGGUCGUCAUCUUGUUGAUGAAUAUAAGCUGGCUCGAGAGAAUUUCGGUGAUAUCUCCGAUGAGAUACCGUACCACCUCAUGCCGUCCCACAGUACUCUCGUCUCUAAAGUAUUGACUGAAUCUAUUAAUAACCUUCCGAUCCUCUUCGUUGGCGCAAGUGCACUGCUGCGCCCACGACACACGUCUUUAGCCUGCCUUACAAUGAUAGAGCAGGUGUCUUUCAGCCUUCGACACUCCGUUGCUCGCUUGUCCUACGUCACAGCCAACGUGUAUCGGAGCUUGGAGUCAAUCCGCGGCAUAUAUAAAAAGAUAGAUGCGCACGCGGAGAAGUUGAAAGCUGAUGAACACAAGAUACGCUACCCGGUCGUAGAGCGCAAGGAUCAGCGCGGAAUGGAGAUCAAUUUCAAGAAUGUCUCUUUCCACUAUCCUCAUGGUGACGACGGAAAGUGCGCUCUUCGGAACGUGAGCUUUCAGAUCAAGCCUGGCUCUCUCGUUGUCAUCGUCGGCGCAAAUGGUAGCGGGAAGACGUCCAUUGCCAAUCUACUCUCAGGCUUUUAUCCCCCCACGUCUGGAGAGAUCUUGAUAGACGGUAUCAACGCACAAGACUACCGACCGCUGGACCGUCACGAGGCCGUUGCGAUACUCUCCCAGGACUACAACAUCCUCCCGCUUACGAUCUCCGAAAAUAUUGCCCUCGGCGAUCCGUACGACAUCGCAGACGAGUACCGCGUCCAAGAGGCUGCCCGUUUGGGAGGCGCAGCAGACUUUGUCCGCCGCCUGCCAAAAACAUGGUCGACGGUUCUGCAUCCCGUCCCGUCAGUCAGUCCGCUUGGCUAUAUCGAGGAUGGCCCCUUGAAGGAGGUAAUGAAUGAACUGGACAAGUUCACGGACAUUUCAGGUGGUGAGAAGCAACGUCUGGCAGCAUCUCGAGCUUUCAUGCGCCUCAUGUCACCAAAAAUCAAGCUAAUGGUUGUUGAUGAACCGACUUCGGCGAUGGAUCCUUUGGGCGAGUACGAACUAUUCGAGAAGCUCAGAUCCUUGCAGGCGGGAAGAACAUUGGUUUGUGUGACGCAUCGGUUCGGACAUCUGACGAAGUAUGCCGACCUGAUCCUCUGCGUGGAUAAUGGAUAUGUGGCUGAAAGUGGGACGCACGACGACCUUUUGAGAUCCGAUGGCCUGUAUGCCAAGCUCUACAAUGUUCAAGCUGAAGGCUUUGCUCCGAAUGCUCAGCAAACGUGAUGAUUAUAUAUUCUAGCUCUCACGCCGCCUUCAUUUUUAUAAUAGUAUCUAUGCCUAGGGUUAUAUCUAUGUAUAUAUUGCAAUUAGACCGAAGUCCAUAUAUAGGUGCUGCU